ACAUGGCGGCGCCCAGGGAGGCUGAGGACGCCGGCGGCCGGUGAGACGCUGCGUGCGGCCCCCCUAUCCUGUGUUUCCCGCGCUCAGCUCUCACGCGGUUGUCCUCCCAGGCCCCCGCGCGAUGUGGAGGAGCUGCCUCCGGCUGCGGGACGCAGGGCGCCGCCUUCUGAACCGGCCCCGGGGCAGUUUCACCGCUUCCGAGGGGUCGGGGCCGAGCCCCUCGACCCCUGCCCGGGCCUACGCGCCCCCGGCAGAGAGGAAGAGGUUUUAUCAGAACGUCAGCAUCGCACAGGGUGAAGGUGGCUUUGAGAUCAACCUAGACCACAGGAAGCUGCGAACUCCCGGAGCCAAGAUCUUCACUGUCCCCAGCGAGGCCCUCGCCGUGGCAGUGGCCACCGAGUGGGACUCCCAGCAGGACACCAUCAGGCCCUACACCAUGCACCUGACCACGCUGUGCAACACGGCUCUGGACAACCCAACCCAGCGAGACAAGGACCAGCUGAUUCGGGCGGCUGUCAAGUUCCUGGACACGGACACCAUCUGCUACAGGGUGGAGGAGCCGGAGGCGCUGGCGGAGCUGCAGAGGCGCGAGUGGGACCCGGUGGCAGAGUGGGCCGAGAGGAGGUACAGCGUGGAGAUUGGCUCCUCUACCAGCAUCCUGGGGCCCAGCAUCCCAGCCCGGACUCGGGAGGUGCUGGCCAGCCACCUGGCCUCUUACAGCAUGUGGGCCCUGCAGGGGAUUGAGUUUGUAGUGACCCAGCUCAAGUCCAUAGUGCUGACCUUGGGCCUGCUCGACCGGCACCUGACAGUGGAGCAGGCCGUGCUGCUGUCGCGCCUGGAGGAGGAGUACCAGAUCCAGAGGUGGGGCAGCAUCGAGUGGGCACACGACUACGAGCGGCAGGAGCUGCGGGCCCGCACAGCCGCCGGCACCCUCUUUGUCCACCUCUGCUCCGAGAGCACGACGGUCAAGCACAAGCUCCUGCAGGCCGGCGGCUGACCCUGUGGUCCCCGCACCGCGCCACCCCGACACCCUGCGGCCGGGAGCAGCUCGGGCCGAGCCCGGCACGCGUGUAUGAAGGACUCUGAUUUUAUUAAAUGGUUCUCGCAGGUAAACGUGUGGA